UGGUAAGCGGGCUGCAGGCUUCACCCUUCCCAGCACAAAGGUUAGACUUUGCCUGUUUGUUGCAAGCACUUAAGUUGCUUAGAGAACAUCAACAGUGGCCAGGCUAUAAGGAAAGAUGUGUGGCUGUGCGUCCAGCACUGGGGAUACCAAAUCAUAUUCUCUUAAUCAACCAGAGGCUUCUUCAACCAAAGCCAUACAUUCCUCAGCAAAAAUGCACAAACAGAUUCCCAUAUCCAAGCAGCUGGCAUCUCUUAAAGCUCUAGGGAAAGGCUCUGAUUUAGAGAAAGCUGUUGCGACGGCUGCCUUGGUUUAUGAUAAUGCUGCUGACACUGAGGGCAAACUCAGCAAAUCUGAAGCUAAAAAGCUGCUACAAACUCAGUUUGUGCACUUUAUACAGGGACAAGAAACCAAACCCAAAUACCAGGAAAUCAUUUCUGCUCUCGAUGAGAACAAGGAUGAUCAAAUUGACUUUGAAGAUUUCAUGGUUCAGCUGCUUAGUCUCACCUUGAUGUCUGAUCUCCGGCAAGAGAUCCAAAAUGUACGAAAAACUAAAUAAAUGUCAGAACUGAGGCAUGGGGCUGGGGGGCAGAACUGAGAAAAAUAGUGUUGUUGUUUUUAAUUUCCUCACUGAUAGAUUUGGUAGUAUGAUAGAUUUGUACAUUAUUAGAAAUCAGCAGGAGAACAAGCUAAACAGUAUAUGCCUUUAGGUUACAAUCUAGGUCUCGAAGAUCAGCCUAGUCCUAAGCAUGCUUAUUUAGAAAUAAAUUCCAUUGCUUUCUCCUAAGUAAGUAUGCAGUAGAUUAUCUAAGGCUCCAAUCCUAUGCAUGUUAACUUGAGAGUAGAUCCUUUUGUAUU